CAUGGAAAUGGCUCUCCUUAGAAGCUAUGCCCCAUCCAUGGCGCUUUCAUUCCGCAUCUGUGGUCCACUGCCUCAGCAGCCGCUGUGGCUCCGUCACCGUGCUAGAGGAGGAUUGUUGGUGUCUCACGGUGAUUACCCUCCAGACCACCAGGGUGUACUCUUGUGUUGCCGGUCUGUGGCGUCGGCGGCCACUAAGCGCUCGGUCCUCGCCUGGCCGCAGUACUCACCGGCGGUGAGAACUGGGUGCCACAGGGAGCCAUCAUUCCCAAAAGAUCUGCUGCAACUCUUUGUUCGCGCACAAGGACGAACGUUUUGUUUCGCCCCUUACCUCAUUGAAGCAGGAAACCAGCCCAAAAAUGUUCUAACGUUCUACAAGGCAUGCAACAUACUCACGGGGGACCCUUGUCCGAAAGCGAUGCUGGAAUGCCUCAGGUUUCUCCUUGCCACCGACGUGGAGAUCUACCGUAGGAGAUGCAACGCACGUCACCUCUCCAAGGCCGUGCUGUCUGUCGGCAAAAAAUCACACGAACUCGUCCUUGGCCUCGACGUGUUAGAAAAAUGGCUGAGAGUGACGGAGCUGCUGCUACAGAAGGCUCCUGAAGAUGUCAGGGCCGAACUUUGUAGUAAACUCUCACACCACGGGAACGGGAAAACCAGCUUGGAGAGGAUCCGAGAUGAUGGCGGAUGUGCUGACGAGGUGCGCGAACUAGCAAAAUGUGUUCUCACGAAACUACGCUCUCCCAAGUAGUCUGCCUAGCUAUGCGCUUCAUAUAUAGUAUACCAGUGUGCUCAGUUAUGUACACCUUCGCUCAAUUUAUCUUGUGCUGCAAUAACUUCCGUGUAUUUCUCUCUAUAUAUCUAUAUCUAUAACUAAUAACUAGCAAACAUGUUCGUGCGUUACAACGGAAGACAAAAAAAUUACAUGCUAGUCAAAUAAGUAUGACUCAAUACUCCAACAUACAUUAGUAGAAAAAUGGCCAUUUGUCCCGGUUCAUAAGGGCCUGCUGUCCCGGUUUUGGAACCGGGACUAAAAUGUCGUUACUAAUGCCCUUGGCCUUUAGUCCCGGUUCUUACACGAACCGAGACAGAUGGGCCUCCACGUGGCCGCUGCGGCUAGCCCAGGCAGGGGAGCCUCCAACCGGGACCAAAAAGUAUCCACGCGUCAGCAGCUGGCUGGAGCUGAGAUUUUUGUCUUUUUUAAAAAGGGUUGGUUUAGAGAUUUUGGGGGUUAAUUUAGGUUGUUAUUAGCUAGCUAAUAGAGAGAAGUGUCCUC